AUGAAUCAUUGGCUCGUAAAAAGUGAACCCUUUAAAUACAGUUGGGAAAAGUUUAACCAGGAUGGACGUACCUUCUGGGAUGGCGUAAGAAACUACCAGGCGCGCAAUAACCUGAAAUUGAUGAAAGAGGGUGACCUUGUUUUGUUUUACCAUAGCAAUGAAGGAAAAAAUGUGGUAGGAAUUGCCAAAGUUGUAAAAGAGUUCUAUCAGGACCCGACUACAGAAGAUCCGAAUUGGGUAGUGGUUGAUUUAGCUCCUCUUGAAGCACUAAAAACACCAGUUACUUUAGAGCAAAUCAAAGCAGAAGAAAGCCUAAAAGACAUUUCUCUUGUCAGACAAGGCCGCUUAUCUGUGAUGCAGCUUAAAGCAGAAGAGUUUGAUAAAAUCCUGGAAAUGGGUUCUGUGUAA